AGUGACUGUCUGUUUCAAUAUUAACAACAAGCCCAGCAGACUAGUGUAGGAUAUAUAUACUCGUAUAGGCCAGUGUUGUCCAAACUGGGGUGUGCGUAUCCCUGGGGGUACGCGCACCCCAAAUAAUAUAUUGGUUGCUAAAAGGUGGUGGGGAGGUUUUGAAUUUUUUGUUUUAUAUUUCUCCUUGCAAAUAAAACAUUACAUUAGACUUUUGUCGUUUUUGUUUCUGUUGUAGAAUGUAAAUGAAAUCCAUAAAAUAUUCAUUAUCUGUACAACAAAUCAAUCUGCUACAGGCCCCGCACUUCGUUAAUCCAACUCAGCUGUCAAGCAUUUAAGCUUUUAUCCAUCAUGAAGAGGCAGUUCAAGCUGUCAGGUGCAGCAAACAAGAAAAGAAAAAAGGAGGAAGAGGAAAAACGAGUCCAAAGUAGAGAUGCAUUGAGAAAAUACCUGCAGCCACAACAGCAACCUGUAAAAGCUGCUACAGAGGAGUCUGAGGAGGCCUCGGUGUCAAUGCCUUCUGCCCAAGUAGAAGAUCCAGAAGGAGGACCCAGCACCAGCAGCUGCAGCACACUCAAUGACGAUGUCCCACUCCCCCUGCCUAAAGAUACUUCACAAUCAACCCCAAUAGGCACAGCAACAGAUGAAUGUGAGUACAGUGAGUCUGUUACAGCAACACCCAUUGAUCCCGCUGACUGGUCACCCGAGUUGUCUGAUGGAGAGAGGAUCGAGUUGGUGGUCGACCCUAAAAAAACAUGUGGACACAACUUUGAAAUCCUGGGCAGACACACGGUGGGAGAGUCGAAUCAACAGUGUUGA